CAAUGCUCAAAUGACUACAAAGUAAAGUUUUUAUGAGACUUUACUUCCCCUAUUUCCCUAUGUUUCCCUAUGGUGCCAAUUGAGUUCACUAGGAAGCUUUCCCGCCUGGGCGUCAUGGUUUGACUUAGCAUAUAACAUCCCCAUUCCUCCUAUAAGAGCAGGCGUCGCCCGAUGCUCUUGAUUCCGAAUUCGUCCCGGCAAGACCGAUACACGAAAUCGCAACACGACAACUAUGGCUUCUCCGCAUCGAGUCGUGACUCAAGAAACAGUGUAUUCGGAUCCGGGUCCAGGCACGACACAUUCACCAAUGGCAGAGGUAGCACCUCCGGAGUAUUGCAAUCUUCCAGUACCACCACCAGCGACACACGGUCAGUUCUACUUCGAGACCCAAACUAAGGAAACCAUCGAGAUAGCUUUAUGUCCUGAUCCACCAAAUACACCUCGAGCGCCACUAUGGUAUGCUCGGCUCUUUUUCAAAUGCGACAACGUCCCGCAGCUUAUGCGAGAAGGUCUUUACUGGUCGUUGAAUAAUGUUCAGUGGGAGGACGGAUACAUUAGUGCUGAUGGACCCUAUGAACCCCAUAAUGAGUUAGACGGGACCAUAAAUGAGUGGCUCCAAAGCAAAGGGUUGAAGCUAAGCCGAAAUUACUUUUUACGCGACCUUCAAAUGCCUUGCCGAUGGGUUGCUCGCUUCCAGAUCUACGCGGCAGAGUUCAAGACUUUAGCAGAUGUACGGCUAGAAGAGCUUUCCAUGGAUGAUAUACGCCAUACAUUUGCUUGGAGCGUCGGCGGGAAAGAAUAUGUUUACGGGUACCAAGCCUUACAACCGGAGCAGUCGUAUAAUGCCAUUUAUGACGAUAUGCCCAUGGGAGGAUGGUGGCCAUGGCCAAAGAAAGAAACACGGUACCUUGGGAGAAACAUGGAUCUGACACGUCUACAUUCUAUUACACUCGAAACAGGCUUUGUUUACUGGCUGGCUAAAUUGCUGCACCUGACGACAAGUAGGACCGGUCUUACGCGCUGAUAUACACCGUCCAGGUCUAUCCAAUCAAUUAA